AUGGGUGGGCCCAUCGCCGACGAACGGCGCGCCGCGAACAAGAAGCGUCUGCUGCACAUCUCGCUCGGUUUCAUCGUUGGGCUGCUCGUGGGCGGCAUCGGCGUCGGGUGGCUCAGCCAGUGGGCCAACGGCACGGACUGGCGCGACGUGGGCGGGUCGCUGAUCCGGGGCCCGCGAUGUCCGAGGUGCCCGAAGGGGGGCGAGGUGCGCUACGUCGAGAAGCAGUGUCCGGUCUGUCCGAAGACGCCGGAGCCCGAGGUGAGGACCGUCGAGAAGAGCCAGACCGACUGUCCGCCGGUGAUCGAGUGCAGAUGCGACGCGCCGAUCGCCGCGGCGACGGGCGCUGCGAUCGGUUGCCCCAUCUGCGACCCGUGUCCCGAGAGCGGCGCCGAGCGUGGGGAGAGCCCGUCGCGAAGCGCGGUCGAGAUCGUGGAGUCGCGGCCCGGGAAAGAGGCCAAGGUCGAGAUGGAAGCCCGUCUCAAGGCCCUGGAGACCACGGCGACUGACGAUGCCCCACCCGCGCCCGCCGUCAACAGAUCUAAGUCGACCGGAGGGUCGAACGACGACGAAAACGACGACGAACCGCCGCCGGAGAUCUUCGACUGGAGCCCUUUCGUGUACCGAGCCAUGUUCCCCUACAACAAGAUCUCCAAGGCGGACGUGGACACCGCCGAGCUCGUCGCGCGCGGCAGCGUCAACUCGUUUCGAGCACAGAUCAUCGGCGGCAGGUUGUUCGUCAAGGACAUCAGGGCGCUGGAGUUCGCGCGAGACUACGCGCCCAGCUGGAAGAUCACCCUGCUCGAGACGAUGCGACGCCGCCGCGAUUUGCCGGACAUCGACGCCGUGUUCAACGAGGGCGAUUACCCCAUCGUGUUGCUGCCCAACGACGGAGCGCACGCGCAGAGGCUCUACGGUCGCGAGGGCAUGUCCAACGGGCAAAAGCCACCGCCGCUGUUUUCGCCGACGACGAACGUUCAAAUGACGAGGGACGUUCCGUUUCCCGAUUUUUCGUUCUCGCCCCCCGGCGUGAAGGGCGCGGACCGGCUGUCCACGACGCGCUGGUCCGUGGCUCACGGGCGGUUGCUGGAGGCGGGUGCGAAGAUUCCGUUUGAAGAUAAGCUUCCCCUCGCGGCUUUCACCGGGAACACGCAGGCGGAGCCGCGGCAGAGGCUGGCGGAGGUGGCGAGGUCCAACCCGGAUUCCGUCUUUGUCAACCAGGUUUUCAAAAAGUCCCCGACGGGCGAACGCAGCUGCGUUCAACUCGGGCUGGCGGACAAGGGCGGCUUGCAGGCGGACAAGUGCGCGCUGAGCUUUGAGGAGAUGUGCAGGUACCGGUAUCUGGUCAACGUGGGAUCCAACGGAUACGCGAACAAGCUCAAGUCCUUGUUCCUGUGCGGCUCCGUCGUCAUCAACGUCGAGUCGAGCGCGCCGAAUAAGGAAUUCUUCGAACACCAGCUCCUCCCCGGCGUGCACUACGUGUCGGUGCGGGAUUCAUCCGACGUGCCCGCGGCGGUUCGAGAGAUGGAGGAAAAUAUGCGCAGGGCAAAAUCCAUCGCCGCCGCGGGCACGAGGCGCAUGGCCGCCUUUAACGCCGACGCCGUGUACGAUUACGUCGCGACGGCGCUGACCGAGUACGCGUCUCGCAUGACGUUCAAGCCCGAGAGGUCGCCCGGGUCGUUCGAGGUUUCGUGCGAGGACGACUUGUACAGGCACUACGACCACGACGGGGGCAUGUCGCGGUUCCUGACGGAGGAUAACUCGACGUGUCUGGACUCUCGAGAAGGCGCGAAGACGACCACUGCGAUCGGCGCUCCGGGUUGGGGCGGGUCGUACGACCCGGACGAGGGACGCAUCCCGUGCGAAGUGGCGAACGACGUGAAGGAGGUGCCGGACAAGUGCCCGGGUGUGCGGUGGGCUGGGUGGGGCAAGCGGUGCGCGAGGGUGGAGUGCGCGGAAUGGAUGCCGGACGAGACGUGA